CUCCUCUUCAGGGAGCAGCAGCAGAUGUGACCAAAACAUCCACAUUGGGCAGCCUUGUCAGAUGGCUAACUGCUCGCUAUGAAGGGUCCUGUCAUUUUAGCAUGCGUCUUCUGUAUAGUCAUGGCACCAGAGUCUCCCCUGGGAUCCCUGUCUGAUGUGUUAUUGUGGAGCACAAAGUGAGAAGCCGACAGACAUCAGAACCUGCUUCACCAUGAGACUCCUACUACUCGUCUCUGUUCAGACCAUACUGAUGGCUUCAGUUCAUUGUCUUAGGUGUGAAACAUGUUACACAUCUACUGAAAGAGGACAAACCGACUGCUAUGGGCCCAGCCUUGAGUGUAGUAAAAACCAAAUGUGUCUCACUCUGCAUAUAAGCACAUUCAAUAUUCAGGAUGGGCGUCUCAGUCGUCUUAAUGUGCAUUAUAUCAGGAAAAAAUGUUGGAAUUCCAAAGAUUGUAAUCAAAGUGGCAAAAUAUCAUCCCCGUCACAUAAAAUGAUAUUCAACACAAGUUGUUGCUCCUCAGAUGGCUGCAGGAUGCCGAAUCCAGAAUUGCCACCAGAAAAUAAUACACACAAUGGACUGGUCUGCCCCGCCACUUCUAUCUUCUUGAAGGAAAAAGAAAAUCCGACCUAUGCCAUGAAGUGCAGCGGAGACGAGACGCAUUGUUUCGCUUUCACAAGUGAAGGCAGAAAAACAAAGGAAUACAUGGCUGGCUGUGCAUCUUUUCAGUAUUGUCAUGUAAUACAUUUAAUCCGGGCAUUUUAUGAUGAUAAUGUAUUGAACUUUUCACCGACUGUCUGCAGAAAGGCGGACGGAACAAGUUCUUUGCCAGUGGUUAACUCAUUGUUAUGCUGGCAAUGUCAAGGAUCUGUUGACCGCAAAUGUGAACAAUAUGUGAUAUGUUCAAAUGAAUAUGAUGCGUGUGUGACCACAAUUUCAAAGACCUCAUACGGAGGAGAGAAAACUAGAGAGCUUUCAAAAAGAUGUGGAUAUUCAUCGGAGUGUGACAGUGCCGGGAUCAUCACCACGGCUCAGAAGAGCAUAUCCAAAAACACCACCUGCUGUUAUACCGACCACUGUAUUUCUCCAAUGCCAACCUUUCCUUUAGAGAGCGAAGAAGCCAAUGGACUCAACUGUGAAUCCUGUUAUUUUAAAGAAUACGGUAGCUGCUCUGGUAAAGAUCGCAUCGCUUGUACCGGGAACGCAACACAGUGUAUUGCCUACACACAGAAAGUGGUAAAAGGGACUUUUAAAAGGAGAGAAGUCUUACAUGGUUGCACCCACCCCAGUAUAUGUGAAAGUGGAAAUAUAAAUGUGACCUAUGAUCAAACUACUUUAGAAGAAACAAAAAUAUGUAGUAUCCCAGCAAAAAGCAGCGUACAUCCUCCUAACAUCCUAUGUGUUUAUGUUAUGUUUUUGAUAUGGUCAAACUCAAUGUAGAAAUUGUAGUUCAAGAGCUACCAAUACUUCUCUGCUUGUGGUCUACAAAUUCAUAGAAGGCCUAUACAAAGUCUUUGGACUUUCUGUGAAUCCAUAUACUGCAGUGAUGAGCACAUAUGAAUGGGCACA